AUGGCCGUGAUCCGGAGCAUUCUAGCAGGACUCCGUGGAUUGUAUAAAAGCCCUUGCAGUCGGUUAACAUCAGCGCAGCUGGAAAUGCUCAAAAAUCAACUGGACCAGAAAGUGGAGUUCUUGUCCAGGUCCAUUGCCCAGUUGAAGCUUGUUCAGAUCAAAUAUGUGAAAGUUAGGAACUGUUUGAACAUGCUGACCAAGAGCAAAGAGGAAAAAGAAUUACUUGUCUCGUUAAUAAGUUCUAUGUAUAUCCCUGGGAAGCUCCAUAAUGUGGAACACAUGCCCAUUGAUGUGGGAACUGGCUACUAAGAGAAUACAGCAGAGGAUGCUGAGGAAAUUUUCAAGAGGAAAAUUGAUUUUCUUGCCAAACAAAUAGAAAAAAAUCCAGCCAGCUCUCCAGAAGAAGUAUACCAUGAACAGGCCAUCAUGAAGAUGAUGAGUCAGAAUAUUCAGCAGCUCACAGCCUCAGGGACAAAUCAAGCCUCAGCCAAGGCUUGA